AUGGGUGCCAAGCAAACCAAGAUCGAGAACGUUGGCGACAACCACCCUGCGCGCUUCUACGACGGCUGCGCGAAGGUGCAGGAGGGCUGCUACACGGUGGCCGAGAUCUACUUCAACCAGGCCAUCCGAAACCACCCCGGCCACGCGUUCUGGACGGACGUGAUGGAGGUGACGGUGCCGAAGGGCGACCGGGGCAGCGAUGCGGAGGACCCCUUCGACCACGGCGGCGAGCGGCGCGACGUCGAUGGUGCAUUCGUUGCCGCGCCACGGAAUUCAACCUCCUCGCCCCCGCUGGGCCUCUCCCUGCACGACGGCAACGAGAGCAGCCGCCGUACCGACGGCGUCUCGGCGGACUCGCCGCGGCAGGCUGCGCAGACGAUCCCCAGUCUCGCCGACGACGAGGAUGCGGACUCGGUGGCUGCCGAGGCUGCUGCGCGAGUCCCGGCGCUGAUUUUCCCGGUGGACCGGCGCCUUGUGGACUUGCAGGACUACGUGCGCAUGCUGAGCGACAUCGCUCGCAUAUACCGCCGUAAGGUCGAUGCUUCCGGAGGUGACAGCUGCGAUAUGGCCCUGAAGCUGAGCAUGAUGUACAACUCCUACACCGCUGUGCGCCUGCAGGCGAUGCUGCACCUCCUGCAGACGCACUUUGCCGAGCACAACGCGACGGGCGACGUGCAGGGCGAGGACAUGUUCGGUCUUUACGGGAGGAUCGCCGCACAGCCCCAAUCGUCGUUUUGCCGGUCGAAGGCGAACUCCAGCAUCAACCGAAGUGCAAUGAACGGGAGCCUGAGCAACUACACGACUGGAUCCGUUGGACAGGACGACGCUCUCUGCGUGUUUUGGGAGUCGGUGCAGUUCCUGUGGAUGUCGAAUGUGCUGUCGUGCCUUACGUCGACGCUUCGGAUGGUGCGCUCGUCCGGCAGGAACGUGCCGCUUGACACCCUCAGGACGAUGUUCGACUUAGCGUACCAGUGCUUAGAGGCUGUGCGAGCUCAGCUGGCGCCUGUUGCGGAGGCGAACUCGCACAUCUACCUUGGCAACCUGAUGGGUGGAUUCAUUGCGUUCUUGGGGAACAGCAUCAAGGAAUGUGCUGCGGCUGACGCCGGUCCGGCCGCCUCGGCUGCUCAAAACGCCGCCGUGCAUCCAAAGUCGCGCGCACCCCGAGAAGGGAAGGCGGCGUAUCUCCGUCUGGGCUCGUCGCCGAGCUUCGCGGACGAUCAAGCGAACUUCUUCCGCCAGGCCGAGUACUUCACGGCGCUGUCUGUCCCGCUUCUUGACUUGUCAAGGUUUGUCUCAGCCGAAAUGGGCAUUCAGUGUGACCGUCGCGGUAGACGUUCAAUCAAACUGAUGACGCCCAUGGAGCGGAGCUUCCCCUGGUACUUGGGAGUCGACGCUAGCCGCCACUUUGAACCGGGCACUGCCUUCCCUGGCUGCAGCGCGUACCUCUUGAAGAUGUGCGGUGUGCCUGACGAUGCCACGAUGCGGGACUGGCAUCUGUUCACUGCCGCCGGACUGGAGGAGAUGAGCAUUGGACUGUUUCGCAUGGCGGUGAUCACUGGCGCCCUUCUGCACGCACGAGGCAAGACGAAAGAGUGGCAGGAGCUCCGCACCACCUCCGUUCAAUUUGCGUUGAACAUGUACGGGUGCCGCACAUCUAUUUCUGAUCUCUUGGACGCACAGUUUCAGCAGAUGACAGAUGAGGCGUCUGUGUAA